AUGGCAUAUUAUUUAUUCAUACAUUUUUUUCUAUCUUUCCUCGUUUUAAAAGCAUACUUUCAAAACUAUACACAAUUCACUCAAUGUCCAGGUCAAUAUCCAAUAACAUUUAAUGCAAUAUAUGUUACCGAUCCGAUCAUUCUCAAACAAGAACAAAAUUCAAACUUCACUUUUGAUGUUACGACUUUGAACGCAACAACAUCCGUACCCAUCGUCCAAGGUGCAAUACUUCGUAUUACUCCCCUUGUCAAUGGAAUAGAAUUUGCUAGUGAUUUUUUGGACUUUUGUGAAGUGCUUAAUAUCUCAAAUGGACACCCAUGUCCUUUUAAUGGAAAUUUUGAUAUCAAAAUUAGAUAUACCGAGAACACUAAUCUUUUGCCCGCAUUUCCUACUUUUUUAAAUAAUUCAAUUAUUAAGGGAGAGGUGUACAAUCCAGAUAAUUCAUAUUUAGGAUGUGCUCAAGGACAAAUUCAUAUCGUUAUUGCCUAA